UAUAUUUUUCCCAACCUCCUUUAUUAGCUAAUCUUGAUGAUAAAGCAAAUAUAAAAGCUGUAACAUCAAAUGUACAAGUAUUUCCCGAUAAAGUGUUUGUAAAUAACAGGCUUACAAAAUAUAAAUGGAACAUGCCUGGCAACAGUAGUAUCUGGUGAAAUGGCGUUUGGUUACCUAGUGCUCGGUCUAUUUUAGCUAUCUGAUUAGCUAGCUAUAUUCAAUAACCUUUGACUGUGAAUAGAAGUACAUUUUCAAUAGAAUAAAUCACGUAAUUGUUAUUUAUUUCAAAAUGUCUGACUCAGAAGAGGACAGUCAAGAUAAGCAACUUAAAAUUGUUGUCAUCGGAGACGGCGCAUCGGGGAAGACGUCACUCGCCACCAGGUUUGCACAGGAGGCCUUUGGGAAACAAUACAAACAAACCAUUGGCCUUGAUUUCUUUCUGAAGAGAAUAACUCUGCCAGGCAACUUGAAUGUUACUUUGCAAGUGUGGGAUAUUGGAGGUCAAUCGAUCGGAGGGAAAAUGCUGGAUAAAUAUGUCUACGGGGCUCAGGGUGUUCUUCUAGUGUACGACAUUACAAACUACCAGAGCUUUGAGAAUCUGGAGGACUGGUACGGCAUGGUCAAGAAGGCCAAUGAAGAGGCAGACGUCCAGCCUGUGGUCUCACUGGUGGGAAACAAAAUUGACCUGGAGCAUAUGAGGACAGUGAAGGCUGACAAACACCAGCGUUUCUGCCAAGACAACAGCCUCAUCAGUCAGUUCGUAUCAGCCAAGACUGGAGACUCAGUGUUCCUGGCAUUCCAGAGAGUGGCUGCAGAGAUUCUGGGAGUGAAGCUCAACAAAGCAGAGAUUGAGCAGUCCCAGAGGAUCGUGAAAGCUGAGCUGGUGGACUACCAUCAGGACGAAGUCCCCGUUAGACAGGAGACCAAUCAGAGCAAAAUCUGUUCGGUUCAGUAGUUGGAACGUGUGGUGAAGGCAGACAUCGUGAACUACAGUCAAGAACCUGUGACAAGGACAGUCAACCCCCCGCGCAGCUCCAUGUGUGCGGUGCAGUGACCGCCUCUCUCCCCGCCCUCCCCUCUUGCCCCUCCACAAACUGACAACAGCAGUGAGGGCUUCUGACCAGCAGGCUGCCCCCAACACACUGGCCCAUAGCCAAAGCAGGGGAAUUGAGCCAGCUUGGUUUAUUCUGCUGUACACACACACACACACACACACACACACACACACACACACACACACACACACACACACACACACACACACACACACACACACACACUCCUCCCUUCUCCCUCUCAACGCACAAGUCUUUAGAAAGGCUUUAUAUCAGUAUUUUCGUUUUUGAGGGUUUUCGGGGUCAUCGGAUAUUUUAAGAUUUGAAUGUGAGGAUUUCUCUGUAUGUACAGUUUGUAAAUGUAAAGGGACCCCACAGUAUAUUCCUGGCUUCAAUACAUUUAAUAUAUUUUCAUGAAUGAUUUCUUGAGUGGUUAUCAGCUUUGGUUGCAGCAUACAUGUUUAAACAUGAAGUUAUGCUGAAAGCAAAUGGGCCCUCCACUUUUUCAGCAAUAUAUUUUGAGCAACUGUUAUUCUUUUGUAAUUUUUUUUCUUCUACUGUCUUCAUUAUUCAAUUACCGUAAAUUCCGGACUAUAAGCCGCAACUUUUUUUCUCAAACUUUGAACCUCGCGGCUUAAACAAUGACGCGGCUAAUAUAUGGAUUUUACCCGCUUUCAAAAAAAAAAAUUCUCCAAAAAAACACAUUCUGUGACGUGCUCAGUUUUUUGGCGGCAUGAAGCUUUCAUUAGACCAAUGAAAUUGCCGAACGGGUUAAGGUCAAACAACUUUUUUGUUUACUGUUUAGAUUAAAUCGAGCGCUCUCAAACUUAUUACGGUAGUCAUUUUGUCACCCUCAUCAUGGCAAAGACACGGAGAAAUGCAUAUGAUGC